CGAGAACAUACCAGAGUGGCCGCGGCCCUCCAUCCUGACUCUGGGCAAUGCUCAGUGCUCGAGAACUCGCUGAGGCGGCGGUCCAACUGCAGGCUUUCCGUCGAGAGGGCGAGCAGCACUUCCAGACGCAAUCCGACAUAUUGAACAAGUACCACGCACUCCUGGAGGACUACAAACGCCUUCAAAGUGAUCAUGAGGAAGCGCGAGACUCGCGCGAUAAGUACAAGCAGCUGGUCAGAGGCCAAGACCGCGAUCCAUUCGUCCUCGUUCUACUUGAUGGCGAUGGCUACGUGUUCGAAGAGAGCCUCGUUUCAGACGGCGCUAAUGGAGGCUCGCGGGCGGCGAGUCUGCUGAACGAAGCGAUUAAGACGCGCCUACGACAUCUCGACCUGGACCACUGUCGUAUAAUGGUACGCAUCUAUGCCAACCUAGCUGGCUUGUCCAAAGCACUCGCACACGUAAAGCUCUGCGGCGCGGAAAAGCGGUCUCUCUCCCCCUUUGUUGCUAACUUCAAUCGGUCCGGAGACCUCUUUGAUUUUGUGGACGCUGGAGAGCUCAAGGAAAACGCCGACUUCAAGAUUCGGGGGGUUUUCCGCCAGUUCGUUGAGAGUACACAGUGCAAGCACAUAUUCCUAGGAGUUUGCCACGAUGUUGGCUACGUGUCGGAGCUUCAGCCUUAUGUUGGCGACAAAGAUCGCAUCACACUCAUAAAGCAUUACGCCUCCCAUCGCGAGUUCUCCAAGUUGAAUUUACGCGAAGAAGAGCUGCACAGAGUCUUCAGAGAUAAACCUUUAGAAGCAGCACAAUCGCAACCUGAACUCAAAAAUCACAACAAGACGGCGACGGUGGAUACUGGUAUGGGGACGGCAUGCGCCUACUAUCAGAAGGGUACAUGUAAGAAUGGCUCAAGCUGCAGCUUUAGACAUGUCAGGGAGACUGCGUCGCCCAUGAAGCCGCAGAACAGGUUCCAAAUGUCGAAUCUCGCUCAAGGCGACCAUGAGUUCAUGAACGGGAACUCGAAUAGCAUUCGGAAAGCCACUAAUGGCACGAAUGAUCCAGCAGCAUUGCUGCCUCGUGAAGAGGAUCUCCCAUCCGGAACGAUUGCCCUCAACAACCGAGGACAACGUAUAGACCCAUAUGCUGCUCCGUCAUCUCGUGCAGAUAGGGCGGAAUUCGAAGCACGCGUAGCUAAUAAAAAGCUCUGUAACAACUAUCAUAUGGGCGGAUACUGCCCAAGCGGCGCAGACUGCCUAUAUGACCAUACACCAAUCACGCCGCAAAUACUCGAUUGCCUGAAGUUUGUGGCAAGACAUAAACCAUGUCCAAAGCGAGGAGAAUGUCGCUCCGUGGCGUGCUGCCUUGGCCACAUUUGCCAGAAGCCGGACUGUAAGCAUCGAGGUGGCAAGUCGUGGUGUAAAAUCCCAGAGGCAUCUCACAACGUCGAUCUCCGCGUCGCAGAGUUCGUCCCAGGAAGCGGUGGGAUCAGGUCGAGCGGCGACAGCAACACCUCUAGCACUGCUAGCAUUAUUGCAACUGAUGGUGAAAGCGACGACGGAGAACAAGCGCAAGGAGCCGCCAUCUCCAGCGCACUUCUGCGAUACGCGGAGCUCUGAUAACGAAGCUAGUUAUCACCCAGGGGACGACAUCAGUUUACAGUUAGCUGAGCGUUUCCAGUAUCGAGAAACCUCACCCAUCAAUCAUGCAUGCUGGAUGGGUAUUCGUAUCAAGAAUGGGCCCUUGCGCUCCCCGCACGGCCAAGUGUCAAAGCAUGCUAGCCCACGCUUCAAGCAUGGAUAGCCCUGGCGUGCGUGGAUUUUACAGUACACAAUACAGAUGAUCCUUUCCCGGGUAUCCUCGUCAGCAACAGAACCGCUCGCAAUGGAUUUCAGAGUAUGUUCAUACCGUGCAGCUGCAGCUUUGAUCAAUCCAGGACUUGUGCCUCACUACGUACAAUAAGCACCAAAUACUCGGCCAAACUUGAGACAAAUCGAAUCGGAUACAACUGUUGAGCGCAGUAUGAUAUACACACUGAGCACUUCCUUGCUGUCCCUAGCAUUCGCAGGACUACUUCUGCUCGCGGCUAGAUCCUACCUCUCUGUCCUCUGUCUACGU